CACAAUGAAACAAACAAACAGAAAAAGAAAGACAAAAUGAAUGAAUGAGAGAGAGAGAGAGAGAGAGAGAGAGAGAGAGAGAGAGAGAGAGAGAGAGAGAGAGAGAGAGAGAGAGAGAGAGCGUCACUUGUAAACUUCCACCAUUUGUCAUUAUCAAAGUUUGGUGUCCAUUACCACUCCCAUCGUCCAUCACAACUCCAGCUUCUGCGUCCCUGCAGCGUGACGUUCUGAGGUGAUGUGGGAAUAUCUCAUCGUCAGAAAUCCACGUGGGCGUCCCAGAGAGAGAGACUGUCCUGAACCACCCACCUCUGUUUUCUCUCUCCAGCUUCUACGGAAUAUGGGAAGUAGUGUGCGUGCGUGUGUGUGUGUGUGUGUCAGGGAAUGUGGCAACUUCCGGCUCUCGAGGACUAAAAACCAGGUGACACAGGCCGGAAGAGAGGGCGGUAAAGACAGGGAGACAGGAAGUGUUACAGGGAGAGACAGAAACAGAGGAAGGGCACGUGCGGCAGCUCCCAAAAUAGUGUGCUAGGUGAGCCGGGCCGCCGUGCCAGCCUGCAGUGCCUUCUCGUCCGCCGUGUCACGCCCACACGCCCGCCGCCGCCUGACAGGACAUGUUCAUUGAAUGACAAUUGAGUUGUGGUGUUGAUUGGUGAAAGGUGACGCAGUCUGCUUGACAGUGUGGCAGUGCGGCAGUGUGGUGAACCCGCGCAGUGUUCAUUGUACUGUACCGCUCCGCCCUGCCCCGCCCCACCCCGCUGGCUGACCGGUCAAACGUUCAGUGCCUUUGUGACCAUCAGCGAAGCAAUUCAAGCCGCCUUCAGACCAUGGGUGGCGCUGAGGCUCCUGAGGGGGACGUGGGGGGCGUGCUGGAGGAGCGUCUGCGAGGGUUGCUGUGCCACAACCCUGCCUGGCUGGGGCAGGACGCAGCGCCUCCGUGGUGUGCUGACCUCAGCAUGAAUCACGAGGAGCUGCUGGAGCGGACUCGCCAGUGGGCAGCGACGGGAGGCGGGGCACAAGGGGCGUCAGGCUCUGCCACGGCGCCCAUGCGGGUGGCACACAACGAGGAACUCGGGCGACAUCUGGUGGCGGCGCGGGACAUGGCGGCGGGGGAGGUGGUGGUGGUGGAGCCUCCGCUGCUGCUGGCGCUGAGGGAGAGGUCGCCGCCUUCCUGUCUCACCUGCUUUAGGCGAGCCACCGCCUAUACGUGCCCCGCCUGCGGCUUCUUCCUGUGCGGCCCAGAGUGCGGCGCGGCGGCCCACGCCGAGGAGUGCGAGGUCCUGCGCCGUCUGGGGCUGGGUCAGCCAGCGCCGCGUCCUGAGGAGGAGGCGCGGCUGGCGGCGCUGCCUGAUGAGCAGCGGGCCCAGGCCAGGGAGAUGCUGCAGCAGGCGGCGGCCACCGCGGAACAGCAGCGGCAACUGGAGGUACUGCGGCAAUACCGUCUAGUGGCUGCGGUGAGGACACUGUUGGUCAUGCACCGCAGCCCCCGCAGUGGCUGCAGUGGUGGCGGCGCUGCAGGGCCGCGUGAAUCCCUCCUCGACCCGGCAUGCCAACCACCAGCGGCGCGUGGUGGAGGUGGCAGUGGGGCAGCUCGGCGUGGCCAGCGAUCCCGCCUUGGUGCAUCGCGUGUGUGCCGUGUGGGACACCAACGGGUUCGAGGUGCCUCUGGCCUGGGGUAACCGCGUGGUGGGCCUCUUCCCCGUCAGCUCGCUGCUCACACACGACUGCCGUGGCAAUACGCAGCAGUGGUUCACGGCCGAGGGCGUGAUGGUGGUGCGCGCCGUGACGCGGGUGGCGGCGGGUGACGUGCUCACC